AUGCCUCAACCGGUGCCCAACCGGGCGGACAGCGCCGAGUUAGAGGAACUACAGCUGAAAGCCAGCAAAACGGCGGACGAGUCGCUGGAGUCGACGCGCCGUAUGCUAAGCCUGUGCGACGAGUCCAACGACGCCGGUAUCCGCACUCUGGUAGCCCUCGACGAACAGGGAGAGCAGUUGGACCGCAUCGAGAAGGACAUGGAUCAGGUUAACUCAGACAUGAAGGAGACGGAGGGCUACUUCAAAGACAUGGAGAAGUUUUGCGGCGUCUGUGUCUGCCCGUGCGGUCAGGCCAAGGAGUUCAAGGAGGACCCCAACACGUGGAACCUGUCGACUGAGAUGGGAGUGGUGGUCGAGGGACAGCCUAAGAAAGUGAUGUACGGCCAACAGAUGGCUCACAAUGGCAGCACCAGUAGUGUGAGCACUGUGGGCAGUGUUAGUCAUAUUAAACGGAUCACCGGUGAUGACAGGGAAGAGGAAAUGGAGGACAACAUGUGUCAGGUCACCUCAAUCAUAGGCAACCUGAGGAAUAUGGCCAUUGAUAUCGGCGAUGAGAUCACCGCAAGUAAUAUACAGAUCGAGAGAAUCAACCAAAAGGCAGAAUCCAAUCAGAAUCGCAUACAAGACGCUAAUGUAAGGGCCCAGAAAUUGCUCAACGAUUAG